ACAUCCUAGUGAUAGUCAAGCGUGGAAGCACUUGGAUACAACCUUUCCUAAUUUCGCAUCAGAGCCACGAAAUGUCAGGCUUGGUUUGUGCACGGAUGGAUUUGCCCCCCAUGGUAAAUUUGGAUCCCAAUAUUCAUGUUGGCCAGUUAUUCUUACACCAUACAACUUGCCUCCAUCGAUGUGUAUGAAAAGACCAUUCAUGUUCCUUUCUUUGCUCGUUCCCGGUCCUAAAAAUCCUAAAGGAAACUUGGAUGUGUACAUGCAACCACUCAUUGAAGAGUUGAAACAGUUAUGGGAGGUUGGGGCUAUGACUUAUGACAUCUCAAGCAAGCAGAAUUUCAACCUCCGCGCAGCCCUUUUGUGGACUAUUAGUGAUUUUCCUGCAUAUGGAAUGCUAUCUGGAUGGUCCACGGCCGGAAAGAAGGCUUGCCCUUAUUGUAUGGAUAAAAGCAAGGCAUUUUGGCUUGAACAUGGAGGUAAAGUUUCAUGGUUUGAUUGCCAUCGACAAUUCCUUCCACAUGAUCACCCUUUUCGAAAGAAUAAAACAGCUUUCUGCAAAAACAAAGUUGAAAAUGGCAUGGGUCCGCAUAUAAUGUGUGGAGAAGAAUUGUGGCAAUGCGUGAAGGACUUGCCUAAAGCAACUGAUGGUCCUGAAGCUCUUAAGAAGUUGAAGAGUGCCAAAAUGGGUUGGUUCAAACAAAGUAUUCUAUGGGAACUCCCAUAUUGGAAGGAUUUGCUUCUUCGUCACAACUUGGAUGUCAUGCACAUUGAAAAGAAAUUUUUUGACCAACUCAUAAACACUGUGAUGGAUGUGAAAGGUAGCACCUCGGACACCACUAGUGCAAGGAAAGAUAUGGCUAAGUAUUGUAAACGUCGGCAGUUAGAGCUUGGAAAUGGAAAUCAAACCAUGCCAAAAGCACCCUUUGCACUUGACAAGGCUCAAAAGAAGGUGUUAUGUGAAUGGGUUCGAGACUUGAAAUUCCCGGAUGCUUAUGCUUCAAACUUGAGCAGGUGUGUUAAUCUUCAAUCAUGCAAGCUGUAUGGAAUGAAGAGCCACGAUUGUCAUGUCUUCAUGGAGAGGUUACUUCCGGUUGCUUUGAAGGAGUUGCUUCCCUUGCAUGUUUGGAAGGCAAUUACAGAGAUUAGUCAAUUCUUCCGAGACUUAUGCGCCCCCACUAUCAAAGCGAGUGACAUAGAUCGCUUGGAUAAGAAUAUAGCUGAGAUCUUGUGCAAGCUAGAGAAGAUUUUUCCACCUGCAUUUUUCAACUCAAUGGAACACUUGCCAGUUCAUCUUCCACAUGAGGCAAAGGUUGGUGGUCCCGUCCAGUACAGGUGGAUGUACCCAUUUGAAAGGUUUCUUAACCAUUUGAAGCGUAAGGUUGGAAAUAAGGCACGUGUAGAAGGCUCCAUAUGCAAUGCUUACCUAAUGGAGGAGAUUACGAACUUUUGUUCCCACUAUUUUCAACCUGAGGUUGACACCAAAGCAAGGGAUCUAGGAAGAAAUGUCCAUUCGGUUGUUGAGAACCAACAUGACGUUAAUAUCCCCGAGAUGUUCAGGGUGGAUUGUGGUCGUGCAAUUACUAAUGGCCGUUUGCGCUUCUUGCAAGACAUGGAGUAUGAUCGAGCACAUCUUUAUGUGCUUGCAAACAGUGGCAUCUUAGGUGAAUAUGAAAGGUAAAAAACUAUAAUUUAAUUAUUGUAAACUCUUCUAACGACGUAUUUAACCUUUAUUUCCUUAAUUACCAUAGGAAAUUUGAGGAGCACAUUCUCCAAACUCAACCUCACAUAGUAAUGGA